GCCGGUAAUAAAACUGGUAGCGAACUCAACGCGUCUACUGCUUUGGUUUCAGUUUCGAUAAAUGCGAUUGGCGGCGGGCUUGCGCAAUGAACGAGGCGACACUUCCCCGCGCAGUUUGUUGUGGAAGUCGUUUACGACUGAGGAACAAACAGCUCAUCAAUACAGCGUUAUAGACACCAUAGACCGAACGUUCUGAUGUGACGUUGUGCACACAGUUCGAUGACGUAGACAGCAAGGUUUUUAUCUACUCAUCUCCAAAGCCAUUCACAAAAAUGUGACUAACAUCUUGAGAACCUCUGUGACACCGUUGUGUUUGAUCGCUAGUUCACCAAUCUCUUUGAUCAAUUCCAGAACGUUCUACACACACACAAAUAAUUUGCAUAAUGGCGUCGUUUUUGGAUAAUAGAUCCCUUAGGGCUUACAAGGACACGCACAAUAUCCCCGCGUGUAGAUCCGGGGACUUGUCUGAAAUGGAUUCGAUCACAACCACCGCAAAAUGCGGAAACAAAGUUCAGGAUUACAUUUAUUCCAAGAAGGAAUCUGAAAGUCCCUUUCUGAAAAACUCUAUGAGGAAUCCCACCGCCGUAGCUGUGCUCAAUUCUACGGACCUAGCUGGAUUUCGGACAUUCCAAAAGGCGAAAAGCCGGAAGAUAUCUCGCACAUGCCGGAAGUUGAACCCGGUGUUGACGUUGGUGCUGCUACUCACGGUUCUAGUACUGGCCGUGUUGACUGUACAUAUUUACCGGCAAAUCACGGCUCUAGAGGAAACGGUCGACCGGCUGUGGAGGGAGAAUCUGUUUGGGGUUAAAAUGGUGGAAUUCUCGAACAUCGCAGAAAGCCUUACAGGCGAAGCUGAUGCUGAUCUGCAACUCGAUACACUGAGAUAUGUCCCGUCAAGUUUCUCAGACGAUGGAAGAGCUCUCUCACGCCAAGCUCGGCAAGCAAAAGAUUCUAAAAACAAGAACGAUUCGGAAGGCGAGGCUAAAAAGAAACAAAACAAGUCAGGAAAGAAAAACGCAGCUUCAGAAAAAGCUACGGACCUUCAGUCGUCGGAGUUUGAAGUUAAUUUUUUUAAAGACUGGUAUGACUACAAAACUAAUUUUACCAAACAAGAAUGCUUUGAAGACGAAAGAUGGCCGACUCGUCCAAAAGCAUGUAGGAACCGUACCCUGACGUAUGCUCAAGCAGAUUCGCCCCUGGCUUUUUACGUAGCACGCUCAGAGGGUAGUCCUUCAAACCACAAGAAGAGGAAACGGAAAAGUAUGCAGCCAUUGGUUGAAAUAUCCGAUCAAAAAAAUGGAAUUUUUAAAGUUAAGGAACCGGGUGUCUAUUUGAUUCAUUUCAAGGUGUUGAUGGUGGAUGAGACAGAAACCCACUCCCUGGGAGUUGUUGUCAACAACCAAACAAUGCUUGCAUGUCUCAGGGGCGGCUUCACGCUGACCAAUAAUGAGGGCUCAUCUAAAUUUAGACUUUGUGUAAUAGACGGCGUAGUUGAAAUGAAAGCAGAUGACCAGCUCCAGUUGAGGACGUUUGAGCCCAACACAGUGGUCCGGCUUGCUGACAACCUGAACUCACAGUUUAAAGUUAUUCUCCUGCACAAGAAUGUUCCAGCUUAGAUGUUAUUUCAUUGGCUAAGCCCAACCAGGCUCAUCCAAUAGUUGUUGAAAGAAACGGGUCAAGUUGAUGUAUAUAUGACAGUGUAUAUAUGACAGGGUACUAAUGUUUGUUGAUUCUUGCACUUAAUUGGAUUUGUAAAGCACAGUUUUGUUAAUUGUUGGACUAAUAAUAUUUGCUUGUUAAUUCUAUAUUGUGUUAUUCAAAUUUGCAUUUUUUUUUCUCAUACAAGAUUUGUUGACAUAUACUUUUUAUUUCAUAUUUAUAUAAGAAAAAAAUAUAUUCCAAAAAUCUCUUUUAAAUUUGUAUUAUGAAGAUACUUCAAUUCAUGUGUGUAUUAGGUAAGUAUUAAUAAUUGUAACCUAUUCAGGAUAAACUGUCUUAACCUGAACAUUAAAUUCAAAUGUAAUUUUUAUUUUGUUAUUUUUGGAAUAAAAGUUCAACAAAUUGUGAAAUCAUAAUUUUCAAUUAAAAUUUAAGACCAAUGACAGAAAAACUGUUGAAGUCCUCAAAAAAUAAGUGGGUUCUUUAAGGAUUUUUUAAAAUAAUUUUUCUUUUUAAUAAACGUAAAGGAGACAAUU